AUGAUGGUCAAGAGCAAGCAGUGGGAAGACCGAGGAAACCCGUGGGACUCGAUUACCGCGUCCCAACCUGCCGCGCGUGGCGUCUUCCGGCUGUUCGCCGACAACGACGACCACAGGCGACUCAUGAUGCUCCGCGCUCUGCUCACUGCGGCGCUACUUAUUGCUGCUGCUUCUGCAUUCUCAGAUACGCAUCCCAUAGUUGCAUGGUCUUCGCACAAGACGAACGUACUGGACGGCGCACCCCGAACAGGCGAUAUUUUGGAUCAACUACUGGCGUCGGAUGAAAUAUGCUCCUUUGACGCCGUCGUACUUGCCGAGCAACCCGGAUUGCAUGCAUCAGAUCUUCGCAAACUCGCGCCAUCGUCUCAGUUCGCUACGUUUCUGAACCAGGCGCCGGCGUCAGUGCAAGUGCCUUUUGCCAGACGUUCGGUGCACGCCCUCGCGGACUCACUCGCAACCCGGUGCGGCGCACGCACGCUCGGCGUCGUGCUGGGCAUGAGCGACCCGGUCUUCGACCCGUCUAGCAAGCAUGCCGCCGUGGACGCGCAUUGCCAGACACUCUCCUCCGAACUUGCAACUGUAGCUGCGGCCGCGCCCCGCCAUCUAGUCAUCUACGGGGGCUCGCCCUCCUCUGAAUCCAUCAUCACUCGUCGCCAGCUCUCAGUGUCCUCAAUCGACGAGACGGUCAUCGAGUCCCCCACCAUCCCGGCUCCAGUCCUGCAGCAGGCGCCAGCAGCGGCUUUCGCUAGCCCCACUGGUGGCAUAUUCGCUCGCUAUCAGCUGCUCACGCCGGGGUUGAUCACCGCGCUCUUGAUUGCUUUCUUCGUCCUCCUACCAGCUUUAUUAUUCUCCAUCAGCGCGUUGAGCGCGAUCCAGAGUCCACUACGCGUUGAGGCGCCCAAGGGCUACAGCGCAGAGGGGAAGAAGAACCAAUGA